AUGUCGGACAGGAAUGGACCACCGAGCUUGCCUCCCUCUCCCCCGAGUGAGCAAUUGAUCGAGAGAGAUUUCCCCAGGGCAUUUACAGAUGCUACUGGCCAGGUCUUCUAUUCCCCUGGCGACCAGACCAUAGUAAGUACCCUGGGCUCUUUGGUGCCCCUCCUUUGUAAUUCAAGACUUGCCUCGAUCCCAGAUUCUAAUGCUCUUAAAGAUUCGUUCUCAGCCAUCAACUUUCUGGCAUUCCUCUAUGCCAACUUCUCACCCGGUAAGUUCGAAUCUCUCUAUAUUUUAUUUGAUGGGCAUCGAGUUAAUCAAGAAACCCAGAUAAUCCAUGAUCCGGCGAUGAAUACACCAUCUACCACCAGCUGUGAAGAACUUGGUAGAAUUUCCGCCUCCCCAACCCCAAGUUGGUCACCACUUCCACAGCGUCGGGCUGGAACUCCCCGUCGCCCCCGUGAACGACGCCCCCGCCGGGCCAGCACCAAACGCAAGGCGAAAACAGAGAUUGACAUCGAUGAACCAUUUAGCAUCUCCACUGCUCAUAUGACGAAUAUCCCCAUCCGUGAUAUGCAUGCUUGGGCCCACCGACCGGCUGAAGAACGUCAUGAACAGGCCAGACAGAAGAACAAAAUCCCUCGGCCAAUGAAUGCCUUCAUGAUGUAUCGUUCUGCCUAUGCGGAGCGAGCAAAGGCUUUUCUACACCAGAAUAACUAUCAGUUUGUCAAUAGCUGGAUUGCCGCCAGCUGGGACAUAGAAACCGAAGACCUUAAGAACUACUACAGGGACAUCGCUUCUCUUGAGAGUAAAAACCACCACUUUGUACACCCACAGUACAAGUUCUCGCCAAACCGGGGACCAGUGGUCGCAGCAGUUGCAGAGCCAGUCGCUCCAUCCCACCCUGGUCCCUUCGUGGCGGACCAUGGCAGCCCUGCAUGGAGCGAUCUUGACUAUGCGCCAUCUCAGGCUUCAUUCCACGAGCGGUCUCACAGUCUGCCCACUGACGUUGUGUACCACAGUCGAUCAACCACGCCGAUGAACUCUAUUCAAGAGAUGUCUUCCUUUGGACAACCAGUUUGGUCUGGUGGAUAUCCAAUGCAGAACUACAACACUGCCUUGCAAAUGAUGACGACCCCCUAUGAGGACAUGUAUCAGGGCCACCGCAGGUGGACCGUUUCCAAUGGCCUUAAUGGACUUCCUGGUGGCUCUCACCAUGAUCUCCUGCAACCUCAUCACAACGACGCUAUCUCCGGUCGUGUCUCUGUGGAGGGAAGCUUGGACCCCCAGGUGCUCAGCUACAAGGUUGAGUCCGAAGACACAUCCAUCUUGACCCCUGCGUAUUCUGCAGUUCCAAACCCCUACCCGGAAUGGAAUGAACGGGACACAUACCUGGGUGUGCCGGCUGUGUCGGGUGCGUCCAGCCCGGCUCAAUACCCCCAGGCUCCAUUGAUGUCCUCGUCUCUCCCCACAAGCUUGCAACAUAACCCCUCGUGGGACCCCAACCACUACCAUAGUCUCAAUGAUAUGGGUGAGUCGUGGGAAGCAGCUCCUCUGUCGAAACUCUAG